AUGGAAGGGUAUCCCCCCCCCGGGGCGGGCGGACGAGCGAGCGAGAGAGAGCGGGGCAGGGCACGGCGGACGCCCGCCGGCCCUCACCACCGCGCCUCCACGCCGCCGCCGCCGCCCACGGGAGAAAAGGAAAGCGCUCAGUCAGUGGCCCCGGAGGAGGCUCGAUUUCGGACCACCGCAGCCGCCGGCCCUCGAGGCGGAGGGUGGGAUUGGGGAGAACGGCCCAACGCGGGAGGAACGGGAGACGUCACCGCGGGCACCGGGGCGAGCGGAAGCGAGGCGGGGGGCGGACGGCGCCAGGAGUACCCGCGAGGCGGGCGCCGUUGGGCCAGGCAGAGGGGAAAGAGAAGAACGGCCGGCCGGCAGAGGCGGCGGACGGAGCAGAUGCGGCGGGGGGGGGUGGUCGGCGUCACGCGCGUGUACCGGCCCGCGCUCUCCUCUCCUCCUUCUCUCCCUGACUUUCCGACGCCCUUCCUCCUCCUGGCGCGGAGUCUCGCCCUCGCGCCCCGACCGCACCCCGGCGGUCCCGGGCACCGACUGAACCCCGGGCGGGGGAAGGGGAGGGGACCGGGAAGCCCCGCGGGCAGCCGUGUCGCCACAGACAGCCGCGCGGGGCAGAGGCCCGUCUCCCCCUCGGGACCCACCCGGGAGCCGGCGCCCGCGGCCGGCGCCCACGUGCUUCCCCGACGGCCGCCAACGCAACGUCCCCCCCCCGCCACCAACCGCGGAACCGACUCCACAACCCCCCGUCCCACCGCUGCCGAGAGCGGGGCACGGGGAGAGGGGGGCCGACCGGGGGGGGACGAAGGCAACACGUUCGGGGAGAGCCGCCCGCCGCGGGCUCCCCCCCCUGUUCCCGAGGACGGGAAGGGGGUAGGGGCCACGCGGGACGGACUGACCGACUCCACCGGGGUGCCUGCGACGCCCCCAGCCGCGCCUCGCGCGGAGGGCAGCGGCGGGGCUGCUCACGGCCCUCCGCCAGGGGAGGAGAGGGCCGCGCGUGUCCCGCCGCCCACCGCAUCCGCGGGGACGAUUGAUAGUCAAGCGACGCUCAGACAGGCGUAG